AAACCUACAGAUGAAGGCGGAAGAGCCUAUGUUGAAUUUAUGCGCGUCAACCUGGAGCAGAUGCGGCAAAAGAUUUCGGAUGAACUCUACGUCCUUUCGAGCAUGGAGCUGAAUAUCAAAAAAGUUUGUUAG